UCUUCCUCCUCCGCCAUCUUGAGAUCAACGCGUCGUUGAAUUCAAGCAGCUCCUGCUCGCCAUUUUUACUCCCUUUUUGAAAAUGAGUGACCAGCUCUGUAAGCUCUUCGUCGGCGGACUGAACGUGGACACCGACGACGAUGGCCUCCGCAAGCACUUCGAGCAGUACGGGGCCCUGACCGACUGCGUGGUCGUCGUGAACAAGCAGCUGCAGCGCUCCCGCUGCUUCGGCUUUGUUACCUACUCCACACCGGAGGAGGCCGACGCCGCCAUGGCUGCUAGGCCGCACACCGUCGACGGUAACUCGGUGGAGGUAAAGCGAGCAGUGGCCAGAGAAGACGCAAACAAGCCCGAAGCUUUGGCUAAAGUGAAGAAAAUCUUCAUCGGUGGGCUGAAAGACGACAUUGAAGAGCAGCAUUUGACCGACUACUUCUCGCAGUACGGCCUGGUGGAGAAGUCUGAAGUCAUCUCCGAGAAGGAGACGGGGAAGAAGAGGGGCUUCGGAUUCGUGUACUUCACCGACCAUGACUCUGCAGAUAAGGCCGUGGUGGUGAAGUUUCACACCGUUAAUGGACACAAAGUGGAGGUGAAGAAAGCCCUGACUAAACAAGAAAUGCAGGCUGCGAGCAGGAACACAAUGGCGCCGAGAGGCAGACCGGGCCGCGGCAUGAGAGGAAAUCAAAAUGGCUACGGAGGCAGGGAAUAUGGCGGAAGCUACAACUACGGAAAUGGCGGCGGUGGCGGCUACAACUGUGGCGGCUACGGAGGGUACGGUGGACCGUACGGAGGCGGCUAUGGCGACCAGGGAAGCGGCUACGGUGGCGGCAACGGCUACAACGACUUUGGCAGCGGCUACGGCCAGCAGUCCUCUGGCUACGGUCCCAUGAAGGGGCCACCUUUCGGGGGCCAGCGGAGCGCGGCUCCCUACGCCAGAGGCGGUGGUGGUGGCGGAUACCCCAGGGGGGGCUACGGCGGCGGCGGCGGCUACUGAAAGGCGACACCCUGAAACAAGAACCCUCCCCCACUCCCCGCUACUCGUUACUCCCAGGCAUUUGGACGCAAAACUCAGUCACUAAUGGGGCGUCUGCCGUGAAUCCCAUCCAUGGCAGAGCCGCAGAGACACCCCUCCCCCACCUGAACCCCCCAAACAGGUAGGAAGGUCACUUCCCUGAACACCUGCUUAACCCGAACAGCACUUCUUGCUGUUCACCUAGGACACACAAUUGAAGAAUUACACGUUCAAUGAUCCCUUUUUUAAUGUACCCACGCCACCAGUGUGAGGUUGUCUUUAGAGUUGGAUUAUUUUUUUUUAUAUUUGCGUUCCGUCGUUGUAUUUGGAAAAAAAUGAUGUAGGAUUAUUUUCCUGAUAAGUUCUUAUUUUUUUAAUAUUUGCAUUUUAAGCAGUUGGAUUCGAUUUUGUUAAAUUUAGAUAAAAAUUUAGUGUAUUUUCUUUUCAAUGUGAGGAUGAGAAUGUUUUUCUGGUUCAUAGAUGUCAUUCUUACUAUAAAUUUUUGUAUAAUUUUCCGGGUCAUCCAAGGAAAUUCACUACUGCAGGACUCUAGUUUCCCUCCCCAUAUUGUACUUUAAAUUCCUCUGAGCAUAUUGCUAGAUUCAGUCUAAAUACUGUUCAUUUUUUCCUGUAGCAAUAUCUAUUGUAUAUUGUGUACUUUCAUGUGUUGAGAACAAAAACUUAUUGUUGAAACAUUUUGGUAUGCUCAUGUAUGUUCAUUUUAAAUAAAACGUUAUACCACUUAGCUUAGUUAUCUUACUUAUUUAACCAGGCUUCCAGUUUAUCCACAGGUUUAUGAGAUCAUCUUAGUUACAUCUUUUACUCAGGUGGGUGAAAUGGAUGCAGUCUACCCACAGCCAAAGCAUGUAGGCUUUGUAGGGUGAGACCUUGUCUUAACUGUGGUUUUAAGAUUUGACUUAUUUACUUUCAUAUUUACUACAUGUGGACCUGAGGGCUCUGAUAAUUAUCUUUGAUUAUUCCUACAUUUAGGUGUUCUUACUCGUAUUCCUGUAGGCUAUCCCAGCCAAAAUAGCCGUAGCAGUUUGUUUGUAGGCUACAUCAGGACCCUGUUGAUUACCUGGGGUCGGUUGUGAUAGGAGUCUGAAAUAUCUCUUUAGGAUAUCCACAUCCAGCCAACUAGGUAUGUAAAUCAACCUGUCUUCACUCUGUGUUGGUCAAAAAUGUAUGGAAUAUAUUUACGAUGGUGCACAAGUGUACCACUGUUUAAUCUUACCAGAUUACUGCGUCUUUUUAUGUAGCUAAACAUAAGUAAAACUGGGGAGUUUUGUUGCUUAAUUUUGGUUUUUGUGGGUGAAAGGAGACACGGGUUUGUUCCACUGAACGGUGGAACCUCUAACUGGUGUCUCCUGGAAUAAUCCUGCGUUGCUCUGUUUCUCAUUGCUGUGUUUUCCUCCGUCUCCAGGUUGCCUCUGUAACCUGGCCUGUAGGGCUUCACCUGGAAGCUGACGGAACCGAGGAGGGCUGAACCUUCUUCCCCUUCAGGUUAUUUUUCAUGCUUGCCUGUUUCAGAUCAUCUGAGGAUGAGGAGCUUCUGUACUGAUGGCUGUAUAUAUUUUUAUGAAUGCACAAUAAAUAUUUAUUUUGAUAUAC